AUGGGUGCUUGUUUUGGGGCGCCUAUCGGUGGAGUUCUCUUCUCCCUCGAGGUGGCUAGCUAUUACUUUCCUGCCAAGACCCUCUUUCGAUCUUUCUUCUGUGCCUUAGCGGCGGCCUAUGUGGCUCGAGCGCUGAAUCCCUUUGGGGAGGAGCACCUUAUCCUCCUCUCAGUGGAUCACGAUACCACCUGGCACUUCGUAGAACUGGUACCCUUUGCCGCUCUUGGCGUUUGUGGGGGCAUAUUUGGUGCACUAGUAGUGUGCUGCAACAAAGCAGUGCAGAAGUUUCGUCGGAAGCGAUGUGCCGAACGACCCAUCACCUACCUCCUUGUUCUUACUGCUGUUUUCUCCUUCACUGCCUAUCUACACCCCGACCUGCGAGCCGAAGAGAAGCUUUUUAUUCGCAAACUUGUCAGCAGUUGCACGGCUGGCGACCAGGAGGAUCUUUGGUGGGCACUCUCCACUUCUAUUUAA